UUUUAAUAUUUUAAAAGUGCUUAUUUUAAUGCAUAGAGUUUCACAUCAGACAGCAAUUAAGCUUUUGUUUGUUCCUUUGUGUCUAAUGGAGGGUCCUUAGGACUGCUGCUGCCUGCUACUCUCUGCUUCUUCUUCUCUCAUUCACUCCGCCAAACUUAAAAUAAUCCAAUUUAGUGAAAACAAUAUUAAUUAGCUGAGAUUAUUAUUUGUCUUCUUCAAGCUGCAAAUUCACUAAUCAGGACAGUGAAAAGCGGUAGCUGAAUUUUGAAGCGCAGUUUGUGUGACUGGAGAUUCUUUGUGUGUGGCGUGUACGGCGGACGUCUUUGAACGGCUUUACAAGAAAAGCUACUAAAAAUUGUGAGUGGUCUUCCUUUUAAUUAUGAUGGCUCCACCACUAAUUGGUGUUGUGGAGGAGGAGGGUCAGAGCAAUGUUACUAUACUGGCUUCUUCAACCUCUGCAGAAAGUACAUGCCUAAACAGCUCUCAACUAAAAGAAAGAAACUAUAUGGGACUGUCUGAUUGUUCUUCUGUGGACAGUUCAGUAGCCCCCGGUGCAUCCGAGGGAAGCAACACUCGGCUGAAUAUUAAGGCUACAGAAUUGCGGCUUGGGCUUCCUGGGUCCCAAUCUCCUGAAAGGACAUCAGAACUUAACCUGCUGAGCUUGGCACAAUUUGAUGAGAAACCUUUCUUUCCUCUGCAUCCCUCAAAUGAUGGCCACUGUGCUGCCUCCCAGAAAAAUGUUGUUUCAGGCAACAAAAGAGGGUUCUCUGAUGCUAUGGUUGGGUUCUCGGAGGGUAAGUUAGAGGUCAAUGUGAUGCUAUCACCCAGGCCCUCGGCAAACUUGGGACUCAAACCUGGUUCUGCACUAGAGAAAUUUGUACCUCAAGGAGCUAAAGUAAAAGAUGGAGUUACUCCAAAGGGAGGACAUGAUAGGCCUCAUGGCCCUAAUGAUGCCAGAGCCAACCAGAAUGAUUCUGCAAUCAACACUGGUGCACCAGCUACCAAGGCACAAGUUGUGGGUUGGCCACCCAUAAGAUCAUUCAGGAAGAACUCUCUUGCUACCGCAUCAAAGAACAUUGAAGAAGUGGAUGGUAAAGCAGGGCCUGGUGCUCUCUUUAUCAAGGUUAGUCUGGAUGGUGCUCCUUACUUGAGGAAAGUAGACUUGAGAAACUACUCUGCAUAUCAGGAACUCUCUUCUGCCCUUGAGAAGAUGUUCAGCUGCUUUACCAUAGGUCAAUAUGGUGCACAUGGAGCUUUAGGAAGGGAGAUGCUUAGUGAGAGCAAGCUCAAGGAUUUACUUCAUGGCUCAGAAUAUGUUCUUACAUAUGAGGAUAAAGAUGGUGACUGGAUGCUUGUUGGUGAUGUUCCAUGGGAGAUGUUUAUUGAGACUUGCAGAAGGCUGAGGAUCAUGAAGAGCUCUGAUGCCAUCGGCUUAGCCCCAAGGGCUGUAGAGAAAUGCAAGAACCGAAACUAGCCAGCAGUGCACAUGAUUGAUGGUAUCCGUCCAGCACGUUGGAUUUGGAAUCUCGGAAGUUGAUGCUGAAGCUUAUGCAUUUGAAUUUAUCACCAGAGGUCGGACUGGUACAGGAUCAUGGGUGCCUGUGUUUAUUAGCUUACCAAAGUUAUGCUUUCAUUUUAAGACAAUUAAUUGUUUUUAAGGUUUGUUAACUUAAAAGAACUCAUAAAACUCGAAAUAGCUAUGUAUUUGAGAGUGCUGCUAUUGUGUGUUAAAUGUGAAACAAAUCCUGUAUGGAACCAGGAAUCGUAGUUUGUAAAGUGCAUUGUUUGUCGA